CCUAUCCACCAAGGCCCGAGGCACAGCCACGUGCAGCUCCUCCUCGAUCCAAUUCCCUUCUCAUACCCAACGUAGCCGGCGGCCCUGCCCACCCUGUUCUGCACUGCGGACGUUAGAAGGGCACCCUGUGAACCUCGAAAUCGAAAACCCUAAUGCAUUUCUGAGCUCUGUUGAUUGAAUUUGUUGUUUAUUUCUGGUUUUUGAUCUCAUCAUUUUGGUGGAUUGAUUCGGUGAAGAUGAUGGGCUCUGAGAACCAGGGCUUCCAAGAAGCUCACCUCUUCGCCACACGGGAAGAGAUGGAAAGUCUCGUUCUCGACGACCCGUCGGAUCACGGCGGCAACAACGGUAAAAGCGUCUCUUACUCAAAUUACCGCAGUGCUGCGUCUUCACUUGCUAGCACCACGCACCAUACGCUUUCUCCGCCGAUCAUCGUCACGCCUGCCGAUUCCGAUCCCCUCCUUGUGCCCCCGCCUUACCGCAGCAGUAACUCGAAUGAUAGCCACUCUUACAUCGAGCCUCCGUCUUAUGCGGACGUCAUCUUCAGCCCCUUUGACGAGAGUUCCGUCAGUGAAUUCAACGGCGGCGUCGACUCCAACACCAACUCUCAGAAUUCCGAUUCGUUCUUGGUGCUUUCCCGAUCGCCUUCAUCCACUUCCGAUUAUAUCAAAAUUACGGUCUCAAAUCCGCAGAAAGAACAAGACACUGCUAAUUCGCUGGUGCCUGGAGGUAACACUUUCGUCACUUAUUUGAUUACCACAAGAACCAACAUUCCGGACCAUGGAGGAUCGGAAUUCAGUGUGAGGAGGAGGUUUAAGGAUGUUGUGACAUUAGCAGAUCGGCUAGCAGAAGCUUACAGAGGGUUUUUUAUACCGCCCAGACCUGAUAAAAAUGUAGUCGAAUCUCAGGUGAUGCAGAAGCAAGAAUUCGUAGAGCAGAGGAGGGUUGCAUUGGAGAAAUACUUGAGGAGACUGGCGGCACAUCCUGUGAUUAGGCUGAGCGAUGAGCUGAAGGCGUUCCUGCAGGUGGAAGGAAAGUUGCCGCUGCCCACUAGCACUGAUGUGGCCUCUAGGAUGCUUGAUGGCGCAGUGAAGCUGCCCAAGCAGUUGUUUGGGGAAAGCAAUACAGUGGUGGCGCCACAUGAGGUAGUGCAGCCUGCAAAAGGUGGGAGGGAUUUGCUGAGAUUGUUCAAGGAGUUGAAGCAGUCGGUUGCUAAUGAUUGGGCUGGCACAAAACCCCCAGUGGUUGAGGAAGAUAAAGAAUUCUUGGAGAAGAAAGAAUGGAUUCAUGAUCUUGAGCAGCAACUCAGCAAUGCAUCUCAGCAGGCUGAAGGGAUCGUUAAAGCUCAGCAAGAUAUGGGAGAAACAAUGGGAGAGUUAGGAUUAGCUUUUAUCAAACUGACCAAGUUUGAGAAUGAGGAAGCUAUGUUCAACUCUCAAAGAGUACGGGCUGCUGACAUGAAGGCUUUGGCAACUGCUGCUGUCAAAGCAAGCAGAUUCUAUCGAGAAUUGAAUGCUCAGACAGUGAAGCAUUUGGAUACGCUUCAUGAAUAUCUUGGCCUGAUGCUAGCUGUCCAUGGUGCGUUUUCAGAUCGGUCAAGUGCUUUAUUGACAGUGCAGACUCUCCUUUCAGAAUUAUCUUCAUUGAAUUCAAGGAUUGAAAAACUUGAAGCUGCAUCAUCAAAGAUAUUUGGUGGUGACAAGUCCAGGAUUCGCAAGAUAGAGGAGUUGAAAGAAACCAUUAGGGCAACUGAAGAUGCUAAAAAUGUUGCCAUUAGAGAAUAUGAGCGUAUUAAGGAAAAUAACAAGAUAGAGCUUGAAAGACUUGAUGUAGAAAGGCGUGCCGAUUUCUUGAACAUGUUGAAGGGAUUUGUAGUUAAUCAGGUGGGAUAUGCUGAAAAAAUCUCUAACGUGUGGGCAAAGGUCGCGGAGGAGACCAGUGGAUAUGCAAGAGAGAGCAUCUAAAUGCUUGGAUGUAUAUUCAAAUCCUCACAACUUUGCCCUGUUCUCAUAUGUUCUUGCUGUUUACCACUUCUAGAUGGCAUUACAUUUAGUAAUAUAACAAAGAAUAUGGAGCACUUUGAUAGUUCUAGAAAUUUUCACUUUCAGUUGUAUCUUUUAGAAAAGUUGGUCACAGCCUCUGAAAACUUUGAUUUGAUUCUGUAAAUUGCAUGUUUCUUGAUUUUGAUAUAGGUGGCAAAUGAUGGAAUCAACUGUUCAAUUGCUUGACAUUAUAACUUGAAUUGAGUGUACUUUCCUCUUUGAAUUUGGAAUGAAUUUUUGUAAGUUUC